GCAACAAACCCAAGCGAGCGCAUCAAACACGCACACACACACCCCCACCCCCACCGCCCCUUCUUCCUCCUCCACCGCCGAACCCCGCACCUCAUCGCCUCGUCUCCACCUCCAAAAGUCGCGAGCUUUUCCCCGGCCGUUCUCCGCGGGGUUUUGGCGGGGAGGUGCCUGGCAUCUUGCGGUGUUGGUGGAGCGCCUUUUGGCGGCCAUCGGCUUCCUCUGCCCUUUGGGGAGGUUUUUCUAGGAGGUUUCUUGAGGGGUUUUAGCCGGAGCUUGGAGGUGGAGUCAUCAAAUGCGAGUGGAGUGAUGUGGGCCAUGGAGGAGGAGAUGUUCGUGGCGGUGAGGCGCACGGAGCACGUCGAGGUCACCUCCCGGGCGGUGGAGGUGGCGCCGGCGGCCGCCGCGGGGCCGAGGACCGUCAGGGUGUUCUGCGACGACUACGACGCCACCGACUCGUCCGGCGACGAGGACGACGAGGAGGCCGCCGUCGCCGCGCGCCGGAGGGUCAAGCGCUACGUGCAGGAGAUCCGCCUGGAGCGGGCGGUGAAGGAGGCGCCGGCCGCGAAGGCCGCGGCGUCCUCCGCGGCCGCCGCGGCGAGGACGAAGCUGGUGCUCCCCGGGCGGAAGAGGAAGGCCGACGGCGCCGAGCCGCGGUUCCGCGGCGUGCGGCGCCGGCCCUGGGGCAAGUACGCGGCGGAGAUCCGCGACCCGUGGCGGCGGGUGCGGGUGUGGCUGGGCACCUUCGACACCGCCGAGGAGGCCGCCAAGGUGUACGACUCGGCGGCCAUCCAGCUGCGCGGGCCCGACGCCACCACCAACUUCGAGCAGGUCGACGACCCCGUCCCCACUGAGGUCGCCGAGCGCCUCCCGCAGCCGCCGCCGGCGGCGGCGUCCAAGAACGCGUCGUCCUCCGCCACCUCCUACGACUCCGGCGAGGAGUCCCACGCGGCCGCGGCGUCCCCGACCUCCGUUCUCCGCUCAUUCCCGCCGUCCGCGGUGGCCGAGGACACCUGCGGCAAGAAGCCGGCGCCGGCGGCGCAGCCCGCCUACCGCGCCCCGGAGACCGACGAGUCCAGCGUCGACGGCAGCGUGUUCGGCUGCCCCUUCACCGGCGACGACUGCUUCGGCGGCGAGUUCCCGCCCCUCUACACCGACUUCGACCUCCUGGCCGACUUCCCGGAGCCGUCGCUGGACUUCCUCGCCGACCUCCCCGAGGAGCCCCUCUCGCUGCCGUCCAUGUCCGCCGGCACCAGCGCCGCCGGCGAGUCCUCGCCGGAGCCGGCGUCGCCGGCGGGGUGGCUGCAGGUGGACGACUUCUUCCAAGACAUCACCGACCUGUUCCAAAUCGACCCGCUGCCCGUCGUGUAGCACCACCAACUGUAAACACCGGGCUUAGCAGCUGCUGCUAAUCCGGCCAAUUUUGUUUGCAUUCCGUCGUUUUCUAUAGCAUUUUUUUUAUUUUUUUGGUAGUAGCGAGCGUGAGAACAAGUGCUGGGCAAUGGCAGCGUAGCUGCUGCCAGUGCCCUGCCACCCCCGCCGAGGAGGAAGAAAGAGGCCUUGGUCGGGGCGAGUCGAGACUUGAGGGAGAGAGAUGUUGGUGUGGUGGUGGGAUUGGAAUGGGAUCUUCUUCCGCCAUGGGUGGCCCUGUCGACUGUGACUCUGACCCUUCAUCAUCAAGUUAUCGAGUAAUUAGCGAGAAUCAAGUUCUGAGUAAUUAGCAAUU